AUGUCACAAGGAUACUUUGUUGUCUCGGUGAGACUAUUAGAAGACGAAAAAAUGGAAGAAAUAAACGUGCCGGAAGAUGCAUCUGGGAAAUGGCUUUUUGAAGAAAUCUGUUGUCAACAAGGAGUGAUGCAGGAGCGUGAAUAUUUCGGCCUUCGUUACCUGGAACAUGAAAUGCUUUCGUCUCCAACAAAGCGUUGGAUCAACCUUACGAGAAACUUGUCAUCACAACUCAAGCACACUUAUCCUCGUCAAGUAAGCUUUCGUGUUAAGCAUUACCCCGCUGACCCAAUUGUUGAUUUGAGGUUACCUAAAUCCCACUACCUCCUCUAUCAUCAAUUGCGUCGUGAUUUAAUAAGUGGGAGAUUAGUUGUACAAACUGAUGUCCUAGUCCGACUUGCUGCACUUGUAGUUCAAGUGGAACUUGGAGAUAUUUCAGCGCAGGAACCACCUGAUACAUCCGUAAAGAAUGAUAGGCAUCAAUAUUUACGUGAAUUUCGUGUGCUUCACAAUCAAACUGAACGCCUUGAAUCGCUUAUCAUAAAAGAACAUGAAAAACUGGAGAAUUUUUUACCUUCUGAAGCUGCUAGUGAAUUAAUACACCUUGCCAGCAGUCUGGAUACAUAUGGUAUUGACCCGAUUCGUGUUAAGACUAAAGCUUAUGGCUCACGACACAUACACUUGGGUCUUACUCAUCAAGGUGUAGCUGAAUUUAUAGGCAACCGACGCCAAAAGUUAUAUCCAUGGUCAGCUAUCUCUUGGAUGACUUGUAAUGGCAGAGAUUUUGUUGUUGCAACUUCAUAUCAACAUCCUGGACGAAAGAAAAAGACAACAACAACUAUUCAUUAUAAAUGUGAUAAUAAGUCUGUUGCACAAGCUUUAUGGGAAUGGGCAUCAGAUCGACAAUUGUUUUUCACUUUAGAUAAAUCUUCAUCUGUCAAACCUGUUAAAUCAAAGAAAACACUGUUCCAACGAACAAGAACCUUUACAUUCUCUGGCCGAUGUCGUCGUGAAGUUAUUGGAAGACCACUGUUAACCACUAGUUUACCCACUGAUAUAUGUGGGAUUUCUGUAGCUGAAGAAAAUCUUUCUUUUAAUAAUCCAACUUCAAGUAAUGCAUAUAGUGUAAGUAUGGGUGCUCUCACAAAUGGUACUGGUCGUAGUAUGAAUACACAUAUUGAAAACAAUAUUGAAGAUGGUGAAUCAACUCAGACUGCUCCAGCUACUACAACUUCAGGAUUAUUAUCAAUAUCAUCAACAUCUUUAGGCUAUUCACGAGCUCCUGCAUUAUCAGAGCCUUCAGUAGCACGUAAUAUCACUAAUAAUUCAAUAGAGGAAAGUAUUGAAAAUCAAGUCAGUCCACACAAUCUCUCAGGCCCCUUUGUUGUUAAUUCAAAUCAAUUGGUUCCACUUUUUACUAAUCUACCUAAACAUCGUUUCAGUACGGAAGCUAAAAGAAGGCAACGUGAAAUUUUGAAGCAACAGUCGAAAUAUGGAUUAUAUCAACAAAAUCAUUCAGAUAUAUUCGAUACUGAUGAUGAGUGUGACAAUGAUGAUACAUCAUCAGAAGCUGCAGUGGAAGCUCUGAAUUCUGCUGCCAAAGCUGGAGAAGCCUGGUUAGCCAAUGAGUUGGGACAGGAACUUUCUGGGUCUACCCAACAUAUUUGAACAAAUCGAAAAGAAUCUGAUUUGAGGAAUAAAAUGAAUUCAUAAUAGUUCAAGACCUAUUAUUAGCUGCAAGUGGCAUAAAGUUGCAAUCAGUUACAUUAUUAUAAAAAUAGUUUUCUUCACACGAUGAUCAUUAAGGGUGAGUUCAAAACGACCAAUAAAACACACAUAAAUAUGAAUAGAAAACAAUAUUUUUUACUUACUUACUUUUUAAUUACGCCUGUUACUCCCAAUGGAGCAUAGGCCGCCGACCAGCAUUCUCCAACCCACUCUGUCCUGGGCCUUCUUUUCUAGUUCCAUCCAAUUCUUGUUCAUUUUUCUCAUAUCUAUCUCCAUUUCUCGGCGUAAUGUAUUCUUUGGUCUUCCUCUCCUCCUUCGACCUUGAGGAUUCCAUGUGAGGGCUUGUCUUGUGACGCAGUUCGGUGCUUUCCUCAAUAUGUGUCUUAUCCACUUCCAGCGCUUCUUCCUGAUUUCUUCCUCCACUGGGAUUUGAUUUGUUCUCUCCCAUAGUAGGUUGUUGCUAAUAGUGUCCGGCCAACGGAUCUGAAGUAUUUUGCGUAGACAACUGUUAAUAAACACCUGUAUCUUUUGGAUGAUGGAUUUCGUAGUUCUACAAGUUUCCGACCCAUACAGUAGAACUGUCUUGACAUUUGUAUUGAAAAUUCUGACUUUGGUGUUGGUUGCCAAUUGUUUUGAGUUCCAGAUAUUCUUCAGUUGUAAAUAUGCUGCUCUUACUUUGCCAAUCCGUGCCUUCACAUCUGCGUCAAAUCCACCGUGUUCAUCGAUGAUACUGCCCAGAUAUGUAAAGGUUUUUACAUCUUCCAAAGCUUCCCCGUCAAUUGUGAUUGGAUUGUUGCAUGUUGUGUUGUAUCGGAGAAUCUUGCUUUACCCUUUGUGUAUAUUGGGACCUAUUGCUGCUGAGGCUGCUGCUACACUGGUCGUCUUCUCCUGUAUAUGUUGUUGCGUAUGCGAU